AUGAGCGCACCCCGAGGCAGAGGCGCACACGGCGGCCGCGGCGGCGCAGGCGGGCGAGGCGGCCGCGGCGGCGGUGCUGGCGGCUCGAGCGCACGCCAGGCGGCCUUCGGCGGCGCCCUGACGGGCAACGGCGAGUCCUCGUCCGGCGCGCCCAGGGGCCCUCGCGGCUCUCGCGGCCGCGGCUCUGUCCGGGUCGCACCGGAGCGCCACGCAGACGUGACAACAGAUCGUGCAGCGGUGGGUGCAGCUGCCGCCGCGGCCGCUGCGGCUGCCGACGCGGCAGGCAAGACCGACGCCGACGAGGCGGACCUGUGCUUCAUCUGCGCCGAGCCGAUCAAGCUGUACAGCAUCGCCGCGUGCAACCACCGGACGUGCCACAUCUGCGCCAUCCGGCUGCGCGCGCUGUACAAGAAGAAGGAGUGCACGUUCUGCAAGUCGCCGAUCGAGCGUCUCAUCUUCACCUCCUCGCCGGACCGGGACUUUGAGACCUUCGAGCCCUCCGAGCUGCCAUACAGCGAUGCGAAGCUCGCAAUCCGCUUCGAGACGCAGGCGGCGAUGGAGGAGACGCUCAUCCUGCUGCGCUUCAACUGUCCGGAGGAGAGCUGCGAGGUCGCGAGCGCAGGCUGGUCAGACUUGAAGGGUCAUGUGCGGCGCGAGCACCAGAAGAUGAUGUGCGACCUGUGCAUCCGCAACAAGAAGAUCUUCUCGCACGAGCACACACUGCACACGCACGCAUCGCUGAACGCGCACAUCGCCGAGGAGCACGGGCACUGCGACUUCUGCCGUGAGCACUUCUACUCCGAGGACGAGCUCUUCAUCCACAUGCGCGACCGGCACGAGCAGUGCCAUCUGUGCAAGGCCAAGGGCGGCGAGGAGGAGCGCUGGCGCUACUACAAGGACUACAACAUGCUUGAGAAGCACUUCCGCGACAGCCACUACCUCUGCCCCGCGCAGGAGUGCAUGGAGAAGAAGUUCAUCGUCUUUGACAGCGAGAUGGACUUCAACUCGCACCGCGUGCAGGAGCACGGCAACGAGCUCACACAGCGCGAGCGGAGAGACUUGACGCGCGUCGAGGCCAACUUCACGUACGACGAUGCCACGCCCGCUGCCGGCGCUGCCGGUGGCUCGAGCAGCCGUGGUGGUCGGGCGCGUCGCGGCGGACGAGGUGGCGCCGUGGUGCCAGACGGGCCCUCGAACGUGGCAGGACGAGCGCAAGUGCCGGGCUCGGGACCGUCGCGGCGCGCUGCGUUCGGCGGCAACCUGACCGGCGCGAAUGGCUCGGCACCGCCCUCGGGGACACAGACUCCGCGCGAGGAUCCAGUGACGGGCCUGAGCACGAGCAAUGAUCCGGCGAUGAUGUUCAUCGCGCGCGUCUCAUCGAUUCUCAACGACUCUGCCUCACGCCUUGCCUCAUUCCGCUCGGCCGUCAAGACGUAUAGGGCGGGCGAGAUGUCCGGCAGGGACCUGGCCGACUCGCUGCACAACAUCAUCGGCGAGGUGGACGAUGGCACUGUGGUUGUGAACGGCCUGGUGGACCUGCUCGACGACGAGGGCAAGAAGCGCGAGCUGCUGAGCGCAUGGAACUCGCUGCGCAUCGAGCGCACGCAGUUCCCCUCACUCACCCCGCAGGCCCACGAUGGCCGAUAUGCGGGCAUCGCCGGCGGGCAAGUGCGCAGCGCCAAGGCGAGCUCAGCCGCGCACGGCCAGAUCUGGGCGAACGUCGAGCGCGCUGCCUCGGCUUCCUCAGGGCACCGCGCCGGCAAACCACCAGCCCUGCGCGAGUUCCCCACGCUGCGUCCUGGCGGAGGCGGCUCGGCGGCCAUCCCCGGCUCGGCGGUACAUGCGCGCCUGGCGAACAGCAGCCUUGCUCGCGCAGCUGGCAACCGCACGCCGUGGGCCGGCGCGCCCGUGUCGAUGCCGUCGGUCACCUCGCCCGGCACCGGCUCGGCGCCGCGGCCAUACACGGUACAAGGGCGCAGCGUAGCAGGCGCUGCUGGAGCGAGCAGCUCUGGCAAGGCGCCGCCGAAGCCGAGUGCCAGCGCCUUUCCGGACCUGCCGACGAAUGCCAGCGUCGCUGCGCUUGCGGCGCACAAGCGGGCUGUGCUGGCGAAGGGCAAGGCGCGCGCCAACGGCUCGGCCGGCUCGACGCCAUCAGGCAGCGGCACCUCGACGCCGUGGGGCACGGCCGGCGGUCCGCCGAGCCCGCCCGUGGAGCGCCUCGACGAGCUGUACGCCUCGCCCGAGAUUGAGAAGGCGUCGCCCUUGGCUCGCGCCGGCAUGAACCAGCGCGCUGCCGAGGGUGCCGGCGGCGGCGGCGGCGGCGGCAAGAAGAAGCAGAAGCAGAUCGUCAUGUCGUUUGGCGGCGUGCACCGCGGCUAG